AUGGCGGGGUUGCCGCCGGAGGAGGUUGUGAAGAGGGUGGUGAGCAAGGGUGCAGCUUUGAGGAAGGGGAGAUCGAGCAGGAGAUUUUACAAAGAUUUGGGUAUGUUGAAUCCCAGCUCCGAAGCCGCCUCUGGGUUGGCUGAUGGUAGGAGGCUUGAGAAGGACACGUUUGGUGGCGGCGGAGGGCUUGGUGGUGGAGGUGGCCUUGGUGGCGGUGGAAUUGGGGGAGGUGCUGGUGGAGGGCUAGGUGGCGGGGGCAAAGCUGGUGAUGGACUUGGGGGAGGUUCUGGUAGUGGGCUAGGUGGCGGCGGUGGAGCUGGUGGUGGGCUCGGGGGAGGUUCUGGUGGAGGUGGUGGCAAGGGAGGAGGCCGGAGGGCUUGGUGGAAGAGGAAGAGGAGGAAGAGAGUAGCUAGGGAGGAAGAGUGGUGGCGGAUAGGGCUGGGAACAGUUCAGUUGAGAACUGUCCUAAAAUGA